CCCCACACCCACACCCACCCCCACCCCCCCACCCACACCCACACCCACACCCACACCCACACCCACACCCACACCCACACCCACACCCACACCCACACCCACACCCACACCCACAUUCAUUUAUUUGCAAGGAAAAAGAUAGUGUGUUUAAUCGGUGAACAACAUUAAUUUAGAUGUGAUCAUCAUGAAAGCAGUAAAAAAAAAGAGAAGAUAAUUCGCACUGUGUUGACUUCAGAUAAAAUGACGUGAGAGUUUUGUUACACUGUUUGUUUUGGGUGUGGAUAGAGAAAAGAAACAUCCACAUCCACACUCGUAUAUCGACAAAAACAAUAUUUUUAUUCAUAAUGUUCGAUUUGUAAGGUAAAAGCUGAUUGCUAGAUGAAGUAAUAAAAAUGAUAUAUUAAUCAAUAAAUACUCAAUGAAGUUCUAUUAGAUUUUAUUUAUCUAAAAGCUAGGAAAAGAAAAUAUUUGAUUUAUUUCGAAUGGUUUGUUAAGUUACUAUUUCUUUUUUUUUCAAUGAAGCGAAACAAAUAGGAACAAUACAAAUUAACAGAUCGAACACUACAUGAGGUUAUUCCGCUUUUUUUUCAUAAUAAUAAUUUUGUUAUUGAGCUGUAACUUAUAUUCAUAGCUAGAAUUAUCUUCAAACUUUACGGAAGGCAAUAGUAUCAGUUUUAGAGCUUCGAAAGACCUAUCGAAUUGUAUGUUACUUAAAGUGCAGCAAUACUUUUGCAUUAGUUUUGUAGAAGAACUUUACCAUGAGUGCCCUUGAAAUAGGAUAUACGCAAGGAAGAAAGGCGAUACUCCAUGUAAUCCAAACUAAAUUUUGGCGGACAGUGGAGUAAGGUCGGAAUACGACUGAAGUAGAAUGGAGUAUUACUGGAGUAGAGUGCAGUACGGAUGAAGUGUGCACUUCUGGAGUAUCACCUUUUCUCCCUUGGAUAUACGUGUACAGUAGCAUCUUCAGAAACAAACCAAAAAUCAAUAUUUUGUCAUGAACCUCCAUAGCAUUCGAUAGUGGAAUGAAGGAACUUUUAGUUGAUUUGUAAAUCAGACCGUAACAUAUAGAAGACGAAAACAAAAAUUAGUACUGCAUAUGACGGUAUUACGAGACAUACACGAUAUCAAGUUUUGAGUAUACCGUUUAUAGAUGGAAUAGGAGAUAAAUGAUUCAAACGUUUAUAGAUUUUCGAUAUCUAGUUCGACUACGGAAAUGAUAAAAAACUAAGCUUCUCGCUUAAAGACCCCUCUCUUGUGUUUUAAUUGAUAUCGCAUCGAAGAUACUGCACAUAGCUAUUUCAAUUCAUAGUAAUCUUUGUGGUAGGGUAUCAUUUGCUCUAAAUCAGGCGACUACAAGUGCACCCCUAAAUCACAUCUACAUUUGUGGAUAAUCUAAUCGAAAGAAUUAAAACUGGUAACAAAGUAGGAAUUUUGAUUUAGAGGUUUUUUAAUUAGGUUUUUUUUCAUCUGUAAUACACUACAAAUUCUGGUCCUGUAGAUAACUAUCUACACCACGGUUACAUAUGUGGACAAUUAGAAAAUUAAUAGAGUUCUGAUGACCAGUUGAGGUUCUUUUCAGAAUAACUGGUUACCAGUUCGAGUUCUUUUCGAUGUAUCUGGUCACCGGUUUUUCAAAAACUCACUUUACUCCUUUUGAAAAAUCUUUAAAAAGUGGAAGCCUGUUCUGAGUUCUUUUGAAAAGAACCCGGCACUUUUUUGGUUUAAUCACUUUAAUCACAGCGCUCUCACCCACACGCAGUGCUGUGUGUGUAUAAAUUACACCAAUCAGUAUUAAGUGUGAUUAAACUGAAUUAGAGUCCAGAGCUCGAACUGGUAACCAGUUGUUCUGAAAAGAACCUCAACUAAUCGUCUAAUCUUUGAAAAAAGACUGAAACUGGUCAACAGAACUGCGUUGAUUUUCUAAAUGUUCAUAAAUGUGACCGUGAUGUAGAUAGUUAUCUAGAGGACCAGAAUUUGCAGUGUAUUACAUAUGAAAAAAAAACCUAAAUUAAAAAAUCCCUAAACCAAAAUUCCUACUUAGUUACCAGUUUUAAUUUUUUUCGAUUUGAUUAUCCACAAAUGUAGAUGUGAUUUAGGGUAAAUGAUAAUUAUUCAUCUGUGUUAGAAAGACUGUUACACAAAUCCGCACAAAAUACGACUUUGCAUAUACUAACGUCGAACGUGACAUAAAGGCGUCAAAAGUCUGAUAUGUUUGAUUCAGUAUAAUAAAUGUUGCUUUUUUAAUAUAAGGAUUCAAAAAUAUCGCAAGUAAAUGUAAAGCAAUUAUAUUUAUAAAAAACAGCUUAUGAAUAAUGAGUAAGACGGGCAUUAACUCUUGAAAUAAUAUACUUCGUUUUAUUUUUCAUCCGUUUAUUCUCUCGUACACGUUCACCAAACUUUACGAAUUGUAAAUUCCGAGAACUAUGUUCAAGUUCAUUUUCAUUAUGCUAUUUCUCAAUAUCUUGUAAGUGUUCGUUUCAACGAAUCUGAAACCUAUUUCACUUAUCUAUAUAUUAUUUUGUGUCUUUAUUAGUAAUGCAACAAAUGCACAACAAUCGAGUAAUAACAUAACGAAAUAUUUCACUUGCUAAAGAUCUGUAGAUGCCAUAGCUCUUGUGUUUUUUUAUAUUUUCUAGUUAACUCUCUCAUUUCUUAUUGUUUACCAUCUUCAUGUGGAAAUUCUGCUGGCACACGUUGUUCAAAGAAUCUAGAAUGUGACUGUUAUCAGCUUGCAAAUAGCACUUCAAAUGGAAUCUGUGGAUACUCCCACCUUCCCUGCAAUAUUCUCCUUCCAUGCUCCAUUAAUCUUAGUUGUUCAUUAUCAAAUUCAAUCUGUGUGAAUAGUACACGAUGUCAACAACUAGUCUGCUAUCCAUUACAACUGGCUCUAGCAAGUGUUUGUCCAUCAAGUUUGUCGACCACAAGGUUAACAAGUAUUACAACAAAAAUUAUGUCGAGUGAGUUAUGAUCUCGGGAAUAUUGUAUGUUUUUCUAACGCACAAGACUUAAAUAUAAAGUUAAUGUUUCAUCGAUAAAGUUGUUCAUAAGUUUUUAAAAUUUUUUCCAACCACAUUUGAAUUUUCUUUCUUUCUAUUUUUAUCUACGAUUAAAGCAAGUAGAACAGGGCUCACAACAACUAAAGCACCAGCAACAACAUCCAAAGUCCAAACUACUGUUUCAAUAAUAACAGCCACGAAAGGUAAGGUCUAUUCGAAGAGUCAAGUAUUUUAAUAAGACUGAAGUUGAGUUAUCAUUCUAUUUUUGUGAGUGAGAAUGAGGUGUUAUCAAUUCAUAUUCAAAUUAUUGAAGCAUACCAAUAAAGGAUUUAGUACUAAAUAUUUAAUUUCUCUUUUUCCUCUGGAAACAGCAUCAACAACAGCAACAAAAAGUGCGGUCAAAACCACAACUACCAGUGCAAGUUCAAUCACACCAUGUAUCAAUUCUACAUGGAAUCAGAAUGGAAUAGUAGUAGCUGGUACUGGACUAUCAUACCCGUUAGAUGUGGCUAUCGAUAGUAAACAAAACCUGUACAUUGUUGACUACUUUAAUAAUCGUAUACAAAAAUUUGAUGCUAAUAAUUCAAAUCCUCCAGCUACUUUAUUAUCAACUUCGGGUCUACAAAAUAUUGUUAUUGACAAAUUUGAUAAUGUUUAUUUUACUGUCAACUAUGCAGUAAUGAUGUUCAACGUAACAACUGGUAAUAUAACAAUAGUAGCUGGUAAUGGUUUACAGGGAUCAGAUCUAAAUCAGCUACACUUUCCUGAAGGUUUUUAUGUUGAUCAAAAUUUAACAGUCUAUGUAUCUGACACAGAGAAUAAUCGAGUCAUGAAAUGGUAUAAAGAUGCAACACAAGGUAUACUAGUAGCAGGUAAUGGUAAAGCAAGCAAUUCAAGUUUCUCCCUUUUUAAUCCAUUCGGUAUUUUUGUUGAUGAAAUCAACGAAAAAGGUGCAAUGUAUAUUUGUGACAAUAUGAACAACAGAAUUCAGAAAUAUUUACCUGGUGCAAUAGCUGGCAUUACGGUUGCAACACCUUUUAAUCCCUGGGUUAUUCUUCUCGAUGCUAAUGGUAUUAUGUAUAUUUGUCAGUCCCAUUAUAAUCAAAUAAUCAAGUGGAUUCCAGGUUCAGUUGUUGGAGAAAUAAUUGUUGGCGGAAGCAUCGCUGCACUCAGUUUGCCUUGGGGUAUCAAAUUUGAUACAAAUUAUAAUUUAUAUGUUGCAGACCAGCGUAAUAAUCGAGUGGUAAAAUUUCUUUAUCAACCAUUGUCAUGUCCAAGUAGUGGGUAA